AUGACGAAGACCAAUCCUAUCGAGCGGCUCGAAUGCGCAGUCUCUUACGCUGCGGACCAUCCGUUUCCGCUCGAAAAUCUGCCAUGGACAGUAUUCUCUACGCAAGAGAACCCAGCUCCUCGAUGCGCUGUACGCAUCGCUGAUCAACUCUUGGAUUUGGCGCUGCUGAGCUGCAAGCAUCCGGUUCACUUCAAGGACAGUCCGAUCAGUGCUGAGAAGGCCAAGUCGCUCUUCUCGGAACCUCGCCUUAACGCAUACCUCUCCCAGCCCCGUCAUGUCCACCGAGCAUUCAGGGCAUUCCUCCAGAACCUCCUCGGUCCGAGCUCACCGUUGGUCACUGGCAGCAAACACACGCUCGAUGCGGUCUUGGUGCCCGUCGAGCAAGCGAAACUCCACUUGCCUAUCCGUGCCGGAGACUACACCGACUUUUGCGCCUCCGAGUACCACUGUACAGCCACCGGUCGUUUGAUGUUCCAAGACCCUACGCGUCCCCUCGAGGACCAAUGGUACCAGCUUCCCAUCGCCUACCACGGCCGAUCCUCCUCGCUCGUCGUAUCUGGCACCAACUUUCACCGCCCUCAGGGCAUCUUCCGCACCCGGCCAGGCCAGCCCGCGGUCGAGUUCGGCCCUACUAGACGGAUGGACUUCGAGCUCGAAGUCGCCUACAUCCUCGGUGGUGCAGGCAGCGACUCUUCAGAAGACCUCAAUCCUCUCGGAACGCCGGUGCAGCUGGAAAAAGCUGAAGAUCUGGUCUUUGGACUUAUGCUAAUGAACGACUGGUCAGCGCGCGACAUUCAGUCCUACGAGAUGAACCCACUGGGUCCGUUUGCCGGCAAGAAUUUUGCCACCACCCUCUCGCCCUAUCUGGUCGAGUUGGAUGCAUUGCAGCCCUUCCGCAUCGCAUCGCCCGAGGUGAAACAUACUCCGUUCCCAUACCUGGACCAACGCGGCACAGGCACCACCUGGGACGUCCGGCUGCAAGCCCACCUGGCGCCCCAGCUAAGGACAGACACCGAGAAAGUAUGGACAAAGAUCUCGGAUUCCUCGCUCAAGCAUGUCUACUGGACUGCAGCGCAGAUGGUGGCGCACCACUCUGUCACUGGUUGCAAUCUUCGGGCUGCCGACACUCUGGCAACGGGGACCGUAUCGGGUCCCUUUGAGCAGCCGAAGAGCGAAGCGUCGCUGAUCGAAGCAUGCAAGGCCGGCUCUCAGCCGAUUCAGCUCGAUGUUACCAAAGGAGCAGAAGCCCAGACAAGGUGCUUCUUGGAGGAUGGCGACGAGGUCAAGAUCACCGGGUUCGCUUACCAUCCCGAAUCGAAGCUGCACAUCGGCCUUGGCGAGUGCAGUGGCCAAGUUCUUCCCGCUCUCGUCUUCGACAACUGA